GGAGGCGGAAGGCCGCUUCCGGCCGGCUCUUCCCUUCCUCCCGCCGCCGGCGCGGGCACGUCCUGUUUUCGUUGGCUGCGCUGGUAUGGCCGCUGCCGCGGUGGCUGCCACCCGUACUUAGUGCGGGUUCACGCUCGGCGCCUUCAGGGUAGUGCGGCUUCCUCGUACGUCCCGCUCGUCUACGUGUGCUUCCCAAGGGCGUCGGCGUUCCCACAGCCGGCAGCAUGGGCCGGGAGUCACGCCACUAUCGGAAGCGAUCAUCAUCGCGGGGCCGCUCUGGGAGUCGUUCUAGAAGUCGUUCACCUUCGGACAAAAGGAGUAAACGAGAUGACAGACGGUCGAGAAGCAGGGAUCGAGACAGAAGGAGGGAGAGGUCCCGGAGCAGGGACAAAAGGCGCUCUCGGUCCCGGGACAGGAAGCGGCUGAGACGCUCCAGGAGCCGCGAGAGAGACAGAAGCCGAGACCGGAGGAGGUCUCGCAGCCGAGAUCGGAGGCGCUCACGGAGUAGAAGCCGAGGCCGGCGGUCCCGGUCCUCCAGUCCCGGCAACAAGAGCAAGAAGACCGACAAUCGUCGUUCUAGGUCCAAAGAGAAAGCAGAUAGUGGAGAAAGUUCUAAAGAUAAGAAAAAAGAUAAAGAUGACAAGGAGGAUGAAAAAGAAAAAGAUGCUGGCAACUUUGACCAGAAUAAACUGGAAGAAGAAAUGCGAAAGCGAAAAGAAAGAGUAGAAAAAUGGCGAGAAGAGCAGCGUAAAAAGGCCAUGGAAAACAUAGGGGAGUUGAAAAAGGAAAUUGAAGAGAUGAAGCAAGGGAAAAAAUGGAGUUUAGAGGAUGAUGAUGAUGAUGAAGAUGAUCCUGCAGAAGCUGAAAAGGAAGGAAAUGAAAUGGAGGGAGAGGAGUUAGACCCCCUGGAUGCUUACAUGGAAGAAGUGAAGGAGGAAGUAAAAAAGUUCAACAUGAGGAGUGUAAAAGGUGGUGGGGGAAAUGAAAAGAAGUCAGGACCAACCGUCACGAAAGUUGUCACUGUCGUGACAACCAAGAAAGCGGUCGUGGAUGCUGAUAAGAAGAAAGGGGAGCUGAUGGAGAAUGAUCAGGAUGCCAUGGAGUAUUCUUCAGAGGAGGAGGAAGUUGACCUGCAGACGGCCCUUACGGGCUAUCAGACAAAACAGAGAAAACUCCUAGAACCCGUUGAUCAUGGAAAAAUUGAAUAUGAACCAUUCAGAAAAAACUUUUAUGUUGAAGUUCCAGAACUAGCAAAAAUGUCUCAAGAGGAGGUGAAUGUAUUUCGAUUGGAAAUGGAAGGUAUUACAGUCAAAGGAAAAGGCUGUCCUAAACCAAUCAAGUCUUGGGUCCAGUGUGGAAUUUCCAUGAAGAUCUUAAAUUCCCUCAAAAAACAUGGGUAUGAAAAGCCCACGCCAAUCCAAACCCAAGCAAUUCCUGCCAUAAUGUCCGGAAGAGAUUUGAUUGGCAUUGCCAAAACAGGAAGUGGAAAGACCAUUGCUUUUCUGUUGCCCAUGUUUAGACACAUCAUGGAUCAGAGGUCAUUAGAAGAAGGAGAGGGGCCAAUAGCUGUCAUCAUGACUCCGACUCGAGAACUGGCUCUACAAAUUACUAAAGAAUGUAAGAAGUUUUCAAAGACCUUGGGACUUCGAGUGGUGUGCGUUUAUGGAGGAACAGGAAUCAGUGAGCAGAUUGCUGAGCUGAAGAGAGGUGCUGAAAUUAUUGUUUGCACACCUGGUCGAAUGAUUGACAUGUUAGCUGCUAACAGUGGUCGGGUCACGAAUCUUCGAAGGGUGACAUACGUUGUUUUAGAUGAAGCUGAUAGAAUGUUUGAUAUGGGUUUUGAACCGCAGGUCAUGCGUAUUGUGGACAAUGUUCGUCCUGACCGCCAGACAGUUAUGUUUUCAGCUACUUUCCCCAGAGCUAUGGAGGCUUUGGCUCGCAGAAUCCUCAGCAAACCCAUUGAAGUGCAGGUUGGAGGCAGGAGUGUGGUCUGCUCUGAUGUGGAGCAGCAAGUGAUUGUAAUCGAAGAAGAGAAGAAGUUUCUGAAGCUGCUGGAACUUCUGGGCCACUACCAGGAGUCAGGGUCUGUGAUCAUCUUUGUGGAUAAGCAGGAGCAUGCCGAUGGUCUCCUCAAGGACUUGAUGAGAGCGUCGUACCCAUGCAUGUCUCUUCAUGGAGGAAUUGACCAGUAUGACAGAGACAGCAUUAUCAAUGACUUUAAAAAUGGGACUUGCAAACUUCUCGUGGCUACCUCUGUUGCUGCCCGUGGUCUCGAUGUGAAACAUCUGAUUCUUGUGGUGAACUACAGCUGCCCCAACCAUUAUGAAGAUUAUGUGCACAGAGCAGGACGGACUGGAAGAGCGGGCAACAAAGGUUACGCCUACACUUUCAUCACGGAGGAUCAGGCUCGCUACGCUGGCGACAUCAUCAAAGCGCUGGAGUUGUCGGGGACUGCAGUGCCUUCUGAUCUGGAGAAGCUCUGGAGUGAUUUCAAGGACCAGCAGAAAGCUGAGGGAAAAAUAAUUAAGAAGAGUAGUGGGUUCUCUGGCAAGGGGUUCAAGUUUGAUGAAACAGAACAAGCUUUGGCCAAUGAGAGGAAGAAGUUACAGAAAGCAGCUCUUGGUCUGCAAGAUUCAGAUGACGAGGAUGCUGCUGUGGAUAUUGAUGAACAAAUUGAAAGCAUGUUUAACUCAAAGAAGAGAGUGAAGGAUAUGGCUGCUCCAGGGACAUCGAGUGUUCCUGCGCCAACUGCAGGAAAUGCUGAGAAGUUAGAAAUAGCGAAGAGACUGGCUCUGCGAAUCAAUGCUCAGAAGAAUUUGGGCAUCGAGUCUCAGGAUGUGAUGCAGCAGGCCACCAACGCAAUUCUCAGAGGUGGCACCAUUCUUGCACCCACUGUGUCUGCAAAAACCAUUGCAGAGCAACUUGCUGAAAAGAUCAAUGCCAAGCUCAAUUACGUGCCUUUAGAGAAACAAGAAGAAGAAAGACAGGAUGGUGGGCAGAAUGAAUCUUUUAAGAGAUAUGAGGAAGAAUUAGAGAUCAAUGACUUCCCACAGACCGCUAGGUGGAAAGUUACCUCCAAGGAGGCGCUGCAGAGAAUCAGCGAGUACUCCGAAGCCGCAAUCACCAUCAGGGGAACGUACUUUCCUCCUGGCAAAGAGCCCAAGGAAGGAGAGCGGAAGAUCUACUUGGCAAUUGAAAGUGCCAAUGAACUGGCUGUGCAGAAAGCUAAAGCGGAAAUCACCAGGCUCAUAAAAGAAGAAUUGAUAAGACUGCAAAAUUCAUACCAACCAACCAACAAAGGAAGAUACAAAGUCUUAUAAGCAUCUGGAAAAAACAUUUUUACUUGUGCUGGUCUGUAAUACAUGUGAAAGUUGUUGUCUGACGUUUACAAUGUAUUGUAAAUUAAUAUUUUUUAAAAUUCUGCCUUGCUAAAUUUUUGAAUACAAGAAAUCAGUACUUGCUAGGGAAAUCUCUGUAAGUAGCCCACAGUUAUUCAGACUGUGUUUCAAACAAGCCUGUUUGGAGAGUAGAAUGUCGUUUAAAUGUAAAACUUGAAUACUGAUGUUUUAGCUGCCUGGGUAGUAAGUAGACAAGAAGUUUAACAGAUGGAAUUGCUUGGACUUUGUCUUGAAGGUAAUAAAGUACAAAUGUCACUAGGGGGCUCUUCACCUAAUCCUCCUCCAAUGAAAUUGUGAUCCUCUCCUGGAAAAAUGCAAUAUUCUCUGUCAUAUUUUGUGUCCCCCCCUCCACCUUCAUUUUAAAUCUUCCCUGACUCAGUGAAACAGUAUGAACUGGAUUUAAGAAUAUUAUAAUACAAGUUUUGCAAAAUAGCUCCAGAGUUUUUGCUUCGGUUUUUACUGUAAAUGGGUAAUAGUUGGACUACUUCUUUUUGUUUUUGUAAAAUUAAAGAUUUGUAGAACUAAAAA